AUGGAUUUACCUCAACUAUCAAGCCUGACAAAUGAAGAAGUUGAAGACAGAUUUUGGGACGGGUUGGCCCCAAUCUGGUGUGAGAACUUUACGGACGCAUGUUUCUGGACUCGCGGUGAUACACUUCAUGCCCUCGUCGAAGCUGCUAAGUCUGGUUCCAUCGCUAUUAGAAGCGGGCGCUGAUGCAACUUUCUGGAAAAGGCCCAAGUUUACGUUCCUUCGCCUGCCUCGGAGAGUGCGUUGAGUAUAUCAACUCCUUUACAUUCCGCAGUUAGCCAAAGCCAUGUUCCCAUACUUCGGCAUCUACUCGAAUUAGGCUUUGAUCCGAAUGUAAUGGCGUUAUCAAACCCAACAAGGUGUGUUACCCCUUUAAUGGCAACGAUUAUCAGUUCAAAUAGGUUCGAAAGAGAAGCCUUUGAUCUUCUCUGCUCUCGAGCAAAUAUCAACCUCGAACUUCGUACACCUGUUUACGAGAUUCAUAUCUUACAUUUCGCAGUUGUGAAAUUAGACCUCGAAAUGUUACAGCAUGUAACCAGCCGUAUUCCUCUACAUAAUGCCAGUACCACGGCUUUGGGACAUACCUUGCUACACGUUGCUUCCAUGCCAGCGUGCAGGCUCAGAAUCCAAAGGAAUGCCAGCAUCAUUCGGAAAAUCAUUCACGAGACAAGAGAUACCCGAUCGUUCAAUGAUCACAGCUGCUUUUGGUAUGUUAGCGACCAAUCUCUACCCCCAGACACAGAGCUCACUGAACAACUUCUUGUUCUUCGUUAUCUGUGGGAGAAUGGCGUCAGAGAUAUCGAUGCGAGAGAUGUACAUGGAAAUACAGCCCUACAUUAUUUGGCAGGUUGUCGUACUCUGAAUUGGCCUUUGCUAGACUGGUGGCUUGAAGAUACCUUGGUUCAGAGGGUUUGGAACCAGAGUGAGAAUGUUUAUGGCGCAACCCCUUCAAUGUUGGAAGUUGCUGGGUCCGAGAUUGAAAAUGGCACGGGUGGGUGUUCUUUUCCGGACGAUGAGGAUUGCAAGUGGCAAUCAGAAAGAGCUGAGAGAAAAGAAGCGGUAUGGAAUUCUAUAUUACAGAAGGUAGAGAGAGUGGAAAGCUCGGGUCCCCAUCCCCUUGCCAAUUUCUAUUAUACAUCCACAUGA